GAUUUCAAGUUUGAGCGGCACUAUUCAAGAUGUCUGACUUUAUUUUCGUUUUGUAACAAGUUUAGCUAAAUAAAGCCUAAAUUAUUCGGGUUUACGUGAAGGAAAGCUGAGGCUAAACUAACAGAGAAUCUGCUGAUCAACCUUCACACGUUCGUACAGACUACACACUAUGUCGUCCACAUCACAGAAGCAUCGUAACUUUGUCGCCGAGCCGAUGGGCGACAAACUGGUUACGGAACUCGCUGGCAUCGGACCCGUGCUCGGCGGACGCCUGCAAGAUAAGGGGUUCGAUAAGGCGUAUGUUGUCCUAGGCCAGUUUUUGAUAUUGAAGAAAGAUAAGGAAAUGUUUGUAGAUUGGCUGAAGGACACAAUAUUGGCAAACAGCAAGCAGGCUAGCGACUGUCAUCAGUGUCUAUCAGACUGGUGCGACUCAUUUCUCUAGAUGCUGUGUAUUCAUCUCUGGUUCGACUUCAUUGCCACUACUAUUCAAGUUUCUAUCGUUGCUGAUGUCAGGAACCAUCUAUCAAUCAAGUCUGCCAAAAUGAUGCCACAUAAAUACCGUGAAACACAGAUUUGGAGGUGCCGUGUAGUUUGAUCGCAAUAUUCUAUUUCACGUGUAAAACUGUAAUUUAUAUUGGCUGUAUAGGUACAUUGAUAUGCAGCCUUUUUAAUCUACACUGUCUGUUACAUGAGAAUUUUUAAAUUGCUAACUCAUGUCUGGUUGCUAGCGAGUGCAGUGAACUGUCUUUAUCAUUGACUAAAGGUGUAGUUGGAAACGAAAUUUUGAAGUGCAAUGUUUUGCACCAAUUGCCUGUAGAUACUAAUUCUCUGAAAAUAAUAGUGAGCUGAAAGUUAAUGUCAUUUUUGUAAUUAGAUGUUUUCAUAUAUGAAAAUCAUAACAGGCCGCUUUUUUUUUUUAUUUGACGAAAAUGCCGAUAUAACAAAGUGCUAUCACGACUCGCAACAACAUAUAUAUCAUCCCUGUAUAGUUGGAUACCCACAAUAUAUAAUCAGAAGUUUCACACAGUCUAGUUUAAAUAUCAUACAGGAUCUACUACUAUUGCAAAUGUUAGGUUUUAUUGUGAAGUGAUCAUUAUGUGCAACUGUUCGUAUCCAAAUUAUUAAAAAAAAAGGAAUAAUAAUUCAAUGCCAUUAGGUCUCACAAAGUAUUGAAAGCACGGAGUUUCCACUACGUGAUAUUUUUAUUUUUACAGUGACACUUGUUUUUGUAUAUUAUAGGCUAUUAGGAUACAUUAAUUAUAAUAAUAGUAGUAAUAAUAAACUAACACGUUUUAAUAUGGCCAUUGUUAGUCACAAGUGCAAGUCUGUUGUUUUUACAUCGUGUGUCGCAUCACGACAAUAAAUGUACAAUUUGUCGUGCGUACGUAAUGGUGAAUAUGUUGGAAGUAUUUUUGUGUACAGGAGGCAGGAUAUGCACGUGUUGUCACACCCUCGUUUAUCAUCACCACAUAGAAUGUAAAUGAAUAGGUGUCAAAGCAAUUUGCUAAGAGUCUGGUCAGUGGGUGUACGUCCUCAUAUACGGCAAAGUUACCUUGGUUCGCACAGGACGAAUGUUCCAAUCUAGGAGGUGCCAGUUUGACGCCGUACGCUAGACAUGAAGUUAUAAUUAUUCUUCAUGCGAUUUCAGUUAUGCAAUAAAAUGGGUUGGCAUA